GGAAAAUUUACACAUAAUGAGCGCUCCUGCACCUCGUACCGGAAUUAUUGCUGGCUUCAACAAGGGCCACGUUACGACCCGUCGUGCCCGCCAGCCCAGUUCGAACGACCGCUACGGGCUUCCGCACAAGAAGCUCCGUGCAGUCAAGGCCAUCAUAUCUGAUGUUGUCGGCCUGAACCCCAUGGAGCGGCGUGUUCAGGAGUUGCUGCGCAUGGGGAAAGAAAAGCGCGCGCUGAAGUUCUGCAAGAAGCGCCUUGGUAGCUUCUCUGCUGCUAAGAAGCGACGCGCCAAGAUGGAGGAGGCCCUUCGCCAUGUAGCCAAGAAGCACUAAACCUCAGGAUCCCUGCGUCAGCUUCAUGACUAAAACCCUUCCUAGUUUUCCCUUAAAAUAAUUUAAUUAUUUUUACUUAAUCAUACAGAAAAAAUGAAAAAAA